GAUAGACAUGACAAAUUGCACAUCCUAGACCCGCAACGGCCUGCAUGUGUGGAAUCCAUAGAACCGGGACUAGGCUAUUACGCCAUCCGUAGAUUGAAUGCGUGUAGUGACUGGUUAAUUACCGACCGUAUCCUAAGAACACACAUGCGCGCGCGUGAAUAAAGACCGGGUUAUCUCCACGUGGGCUCACGGGUAUGCAGCAUCUCAACCCACAGAUCCUACAGCUCCUGUGACGUGCAUUUCGCAAAGAUGGCAUCCCAAGCUGUCGGGAAUCUCGCUGCCGCCUCUGGCGUUCACUCCCCAGCCGCAACUGACACCGACGAUGAGAAGCCGGCAGUGGCUGGUAACGCCGUCCCCAUCACGGCAGAUGUCACUCCAAAGUCAGAGUCCGACAUGGAGAGCACUGACGACGGCCUCCGCCACCAGCACAUCGAAAAGGACGGUAGGCAGGUGCUCGUCAGCUGGACCAAAGACGAAGAGGCGCGCGUGGUCCGCAAGGCCGACUUCCUCUUUCUUCCACUCUUUGCGUUGAUGUUCACGUGGAUGGCCAUCGACCGCACCAACGUCUCCGGUGUCUUGACGACGACUUUUCUCAAGGACACUGGAAUGACAAGGGACCAAGCAAACACAGGCAUCUCACUCCUGUGGUUCGGGAUUGUUCUGCUUGAGAUCCCAUCAAACGUCGUGCUGCACCGUGUUGGAGCACACUACUGGAUCCCGGCCCAGGUCAUUGUAUGGGGUCUGAUCGAGGUGCUCCAAGCAUUCGUCAAGAACGCCGGCGGUUGGUAUGCGGCCCGCUUGUUCCUCGGCCUCGGUGAGAGUGGGUUCAUCCCGGGAGCUCUUUACACGCUCUCGCGGUGGUACACGCAGGACGAGCUCGCCAAGCGCACCACGCUCUUCUUUUUGGGACCGUCCAUCUCGGCAGCGUUCGGGUCGCUAAUCUCCGCUGGAGCACUUCGGCUUGAAGGAGAAGGAGGAUUAAAAGGGUGGCAAUGGAUCUUCAUCAUCUGUGGUGUAUCGACGAUAGCUGUUGGCGUCCUGGCUUUCGCUUUCGUGCCAAAGUCACCUCACCACACCGACCGCCUCUUCGGUGGCUUGGUUCCCAUCCGUGGAUGGCUCUCUGAGCGCGAGGCUGACGUCUUCGUCGCGAGGAUCAUCAGACGUGACCCGAGAAAAGGCCAAGCGGCAAAGCUCAAGAUCACACUGAAAGACAUCACGGAUGUCUUGCUCACAUGGGAAACCUGGCCAUACCUGCUGGUCUGCUUAAGCGGACUCCAGUCUGUCAACGGCCUGUCGACCUGGGGCGCGACAAUCAUCCAAUCCCUGGGGUUCAGCAGGAUCCGGGCCAACCUCCUCAACGCGCCAGGUCCCAUUCUGGGCUCUCUAACUGGCCUUGCUCUCGCGUCUCUGGUAGAUCGAUACAAGCGUUUCGGGUACGCAAUCAUUUUCUCCGCACUCUGGACUCUGGCCGGUUUGAUUGCUCUCUAUCACUUGCCGGUGACCGCCAAGGCUUCGUGGUCCUUCUAUGCUGCGUACAUAGUUACGCAGGCCGCUCCAGCGUGGCAGCCACUCAAUGUAGUCUGGCUUGCUCUCAAUUUCAAGACGCCCCAAAAGAGAGCCAUCGCCUACGCUGUUUACAUCGGAUGCUCGAACUUGGGCGGAACAUAUGGGAACCAGGUCUUCCGAGGGAGUGAUGCGCCCCUCUACCGCAAAGCCUGGGCAGCAUGCAUAUCUCUGGGAGCGGUGUGGCUCGCACUUCUCAUUUUGCAGACGACGGCCUUCAAGUGGCUGAAUCGGCGUUUUGCCCGGAAGCUGCAGACUCAGCCAGAGGAAGACCGAGAGACGCUGUUCAGAGACGAAAAAGGGCGAAGUUAUCGAUAUUAUUGGUGA